GCGGGCUGAGCGGCUCGAGGGAUCGCCCCCCCUCCUGCCCCUGCCUUCACUGGUCCCCUUCCCGGGCUCCCAUGGCACGCCCCCAGCCACCCCAGGCAACCCCCACAGUCCGCGUCGCCAGUCCGGGUCUGUUCCUUCGCGGGCCGCUUGGCAUCUCGCGCUGUCCUCGGCUGCUGCCGUCCCCCCCACCCCCUUCUCCGCCCUCAUCUGCUCCUCCUCUUCGGCUGGCCGCUCGGUGUCCGUAAGCUCCCCACGGAGGCCCUCCUAGCAGCCCCUUGCCCUGAGCUGUUCCGUCUUCCUGCUGGCCCUCCCUCUUCCCACACUUAACCCUCCUGGUCGCACUAGUCGCACGUCCAGCGGGAGACCUUUAGGGACAACCCUGCCUGCCCUUAUGGUGCUUGCCCAGGGCUGAGGCUACCCGGCUCCUUCCCAUCCUUUGGGGGCAGCCUUUACUCCCAGGGCUGUCUGGCUCGCCUAGACCAUUAAGGGUGCGGAGUUCUUGAGGCACUGCGAUUCUGCAGCUUGUGGCCAUGGCCUUGGUUUCUUGGGGCUCCUGGCUGGGGCCUCUCUGCUGUAGCCACGUCCCCUGUUGGGGACUCGAGCCUGUUUUCCUCUCUGCAGCCUCUUAUAACCGCAGAGGUGUCCAUCAAGCCUGCAGGGUCCGCCGCCUGUGAUGAAAGUCGGGGAAACCACUGCCAUGGCUUCCCCACUGCCCCAGGAGAUGGGGGAGGAGCUGGCGCCUCUUGGCUCUGAGCCAGGUGACCCUCGGGCUAAACCACCUGUCAAGCCCAAGCCCCGAACCUUGCCCAGUAAGCCAGCUCUGCCCGCCAAACCCAGCCUCCUGGUUCCUGUUGGGCCUCGGCCUCCUCGGGGUCCCCUGGCCGAGCUGCCUUCUGCCCGGAAGAUGAACAUGCUGGCAGGACCCCAGCCCUAUGGUGUUAGCAAGCGUCCCCUCCCGUUCGCACCAAGGCCUGCAGCUGAGGCACCUGCCCUAGAAGUUACCCAGGAAUUCGGGAAAGAGGAUGCUGGGAAAGAAGACUUACCCCCCUUAACACCCCCGGCUCGGUGUGCUGCACUGGCCGGUGUGCGGAAGGCCCCUGCCCCCUUCCGUCCCUCCUCUGAGCGAUUCGCCACCAGUACAGUAGAAGAGAUCUUAGCCAAGAUGGAGCAGCCUCGGAAGGAGAUCCCUGCUAGCCCUGACCGCCUCUGGGGCUCCCGCCUCACUUUUAACCACGAUGGAAGCUCUCGAUAUGGCCCCAGGACCUAUGGUACCCCUGGACCCAGAGAGGAUGAUAAGACCACUGGCAAAGGACAGUCCCAAGAGGGGACAACGAAGUCUCCAGCGGAGUCCCAGGAAGAACGGAGCAAGACUCCUGAGGAGAGGAGCAUCACUUCUAGCCCGGCAGUGAACGGGGACCUGGCUAAGCCAACCAGCUCUGAGCCACCUACUGAUGUUCCCAAGACCUGUACCACCCCCACUUCAGACCCCAUUUCAGAGCACGGAGGCUGUACCAGCACCGUCCUCCCUGCUGACGCCUCCGUCCCGGCCUCUGUCCCAGCCUCCGAGUCUCCCCGGCUUUCAAGCCACCAGAGCUCUCCCCACCAUUCUCAAUUUUCAGAACCCCCGAGUCUUGCAGCUUCUGAGGCUGCCGUUUGCCCCCAUGUGACUCCAGCAUCCUCCAGUGAAACCUUGCCCGAUGAGCAUCCCCGCCAUUCCCCCAGCUCAGAGCUGCCUACUGAGGCAGCCCCAGCAACCCUCAGACCCAGUAGCUCUCCUGUGGAGGCAGUCUCAGGACACCCCAGCCCAGAGCAGCCCCCAGCUGAGGGGGCUGAGCUGCCAGACCUUACACGAACGUUCCCAUGUGGGGAGGAGGCAGUAGCCAGGAGUCGCACAGAGCCCUGUCCCAGCAGCCUGGCUCAGCGCCGAUUCUCAGAAGGGGUGCUUCGGCCACCUAACCGGGACCAAGAGAAGCUGGGGGGCUCGCUGGUUGCCCUGCCGCAAGACCAGGGGAGCCAGUCAGCCUUAGAUCGUCCCUUUGGAAGUGGCACGGAGUCUAACUGGAGCUUGUCACGGUCAUUUGAGUGGACCUUCCCCACGAAGCCCUCAGGUCUGGGUGUGUGGCGGCUGGAUUCCCCACCCCCAUCUCCCAUUACCGAAGCCAGCGAAGCCGCAGAGGCCGCUGAAGCCGGCAGUUGGCCUGUCUCUGCCAGGGAAGAAGGAGUGUCCCAGCUGGGACCAGGAGCCCCGUCGUCUCCAGAGAGUCCAGGGAGACCUAUUUCUGGGGUUCAGGGAAGUGAUCCAGGUGUCUUCCUACCCCAGAGAGAUGAUGUAGAGAGUCAGCCUUCGUCCCCAGCUGUUCUUUCCUCUACAGUUGAGGGCCCAGCUGGAACACCCUUACUGCAGGCCGAGGAGAGCUAUGAGGACCAGGAGUCACUGGCAGGGCGGGAGUCUCCCAUCGCUUUGGCCACCAGGGAAGCAGCCCUGCCUGUUCUUGAGCCAGUCCUGGGACAGCAGCAGCCGACACCCCCUGACCAACCCUGCAUCCUCUUUGUACCUGAUGUACCUGAUCAUGAGCAGGCACUGCCUUCGGAGGAGGAGGUGGUGACCCUAGGCUGGGCAGAGACCAUCCAACCCAGGACGGAGGCUCAGGACCCAUGUAGGGUGUCCCCAGAACCGACAGGCCCCGAAAGCAGUUCUCGCUGGCUGGAUGAUCUCCUGGCGUCACCACCGCCCAACUCCGGCAGUGCCAGGCGGGCAGCUGGAUCUGAGCUAAAGGAUAUUCAGUCACCAAGCACCUGCUCGGAGGGCCUCCUUGGCUGGGCCCAGAAAGACCUGCAGAGUGAAUUCGGGGUUGCAGCCGACCCACACCCCAGCAGUUUUGGCCCUGCUAGCUGGUCUCAGGAUGCUUCUCAGAACUACAGCCUAGGAGCCCGGAGCCCUGGUGGAGACUCAGGCCUGGGGAAUAGAGACUGGAGCAGCGAGUGUGGGCAAGGGUCCGGGCAGGGGGGCACCAGGGAGUGGGCCAGUAGAUGCAGCCUUGGCCAAGAGGUGAUAGGAGCCAGUGGCGGCCAGGAUGAGAGUGAAGUGUCUGUCCAUGAAUGGGCAGUGGGAAAGCCAGCCCAGCUUAGCAAUCAGGGCCCAGAGUCUGAUGCACAGGAAUGGGAGUUCAGGAAGAAGGACUCACAGAGCACUUACUCCAGCCGUGACAAAGAGCUGCAGGACCAGGAGUUCGGGAAGAGAGAUUCCUUGGGAUCCUUCAGCGCCCGAGAUGUGAGCCUUCAAGACUGGGAGUUUGGGAAGAGGGAUGCAGAUGAGAAGCGUCAAGAACUGGGGAUGAAGGACCUCUCCGGCGGCUACAGCAGCCACGAUGCUGAGAAGCAGGACCGGGAGUUUGAGAAGCGAGAUUCUGUACUUGACAUCCGUGGCAGCGCGGCCACAGCCCAGCAAGACCAGGAGUUCGGGAAGAGUUCUUGGCUGCAGGAUUACAGUGGCGGCUCAAGGGCCCUCAGCUUACAGGACAGAGGAUUCGGGGCACGCACCCUGAGCUCCGGGUUCAGCCCCGAGGAAGCUCAGCAGCAGGAUGAGGAGUUUGAGAAGAAGACCCCAAGUGGCGAAGACAGGUUCCACGUGGCCAGCAGGGACACGGGCCACCUGGAGGGAGGAGAAUCUGGGGACCUGCUGAGCCCUAGCACACCGAAGUUGCAAGAUGGAGCCAUCAGGCAGAAAGACCAGGGCAACUGGCAAGAUGGUGGUUCCAGCCAGGAGAUCACAGGGCUGCAGGGGAGAAUUCAGGCAGGAGGAAGUCAGAGCCCUGGCAAUGUGGACUCAGAAGACAAAGAGAGAGGGCAGCGAGGCUGGGCUGGGGAGUUUGGCCUUGGUGUUGCAGGCCAGUCGGAGGCAGCAUUUAGUCCCGGGCAUCAGGAUUGGAGCAGGGACUUGUGCAUGGAGGCUCCUGGGAGCAGCUAUAAGUUUGGCAUCAUUGGCGAUGACAGAGUGAGUGGAGCUGGCCUCAGCCCUUCCGAGAAGAUGGGAGGUGGCCACUUUGUGCCUCCUGGAGAGACAAAGGCCGCGGGGGCCCUGGACUGGACUGACCAGCUAGGUCUCAGGAACUUGGAGGUGUCUAGCUGUGUGAGCUCCGGGCGCCCAAGCGAGGCUGGAGAGAAUGUUGUGGGACAGAUGGGCUGGUCGGCCAGCCUGGGCUUGAACAAUGGGGAUCUGACCCGUCAUUUGGGCACUGGAGGUUCUGAAGAGCCCAGGGGAAUGGGGGUUGAGGAGAAGGACUGGACUUCUGACAGUGAGGUGAGGAGCAGGGACUUGUCAGGACAGGGAGAGAGAGGACGGCACAGCCAGGCCAGAGAGAGUGGUGUGGGGCAGCCCGACUGGUCAGGUGUGGAGGCUGGAGAGUUCCUUAAGUCAAGAGAGCGAGGAGUUGGACAGGCAGAUUGGACACCUGAUCUCGGAUUGAGAAACAUGGCCCCGGGGGCAGGCUGCAGCCCUGGAGAGCCCAGGGAACUUGGAGUGGGUCAGGUAGACUGGAGUGACAACCUAGGUCUCAGGAAUUUGGAGGUGUCCUGUGACCUAGAGUCGGGAGGUUCUCGGGGCUGUGGAGUUGGCCAAAUGGACUGGACCCAGGACUUGGGACUCCGGAACCUCAAUCUCUGUGGGGCCCCAAGUGAAGUUAGGGAGUGUGGGGUGGGGAGAGUGGGCCCUGGCCUAGAGCUAGGUCCUAAGAAUAGUGGCAGUUUGUCCCCUGGUUUGGAGAAUGAAGACCCCUUGGAGACCAGGGAGCUGGGGGUCGGAGAAACAAGUGGUCCAGACACGCAGGGUGAAGGCAGCUCAUCACCUUCCUUGGAGACCCAUCCUGAAGACACUGGAAUGGAUACAGGAGAAGCCCCAGGCUUAGCCAGCCCCAGCAGGUGCCUCGCUCGCUCCCCACCUUCUGGCUCCCAGAGCCUUUCGGAGGAGAUGAUGACAGCCAGCUCCUCAAAGGCAGCUGCUCAGAGGGAGUCAGCCGCUUCAGGCCCCAGGGUUCUGCUGGAGGAAGGAGGAGCCGUGGCAGGUGCUGGCCAAGGGGAGCCUGAAGAGUCUAGCAGAGACCCUUUGCCUCCCUCGAGGCCUCAGCCUGAUGGCGAAGCCAGCCAGGUGCAAGAAGUGGACGGCACCUGGAACCUUACAGGGGGGGCGAGGCAAGAUGAGCAGGGGUCAGCCCUGCCCCCCCGGCGGCCUCCCAGAGGACCUCUGCCUAGCUGCCCCAGUGAGGACUUCUCCUUCAUAGAGGACACUGAGAUCCUUGACAGUGCCAUGUAUCGGAGUCGUGCCAAUCUAGGGCGUAAGCGGGGACACCGGGCCCCAGCCAUACGGCCUGGGGGUACCCUGGGCCUGUCAGAGACAGCAGACUCGGAUGCUCGGUUGUUCCAAGAUUCAACAGAGCCAAGGGCUUCCCGGGUGCCAUCUUCAGAUGAGGAGGUAGUGGAGGAGCCUCAGAGCCGCCGGACACGCAUGUCCUUGGGUACCAAAGGGCUGAAAGUUAACCUCUUUCCUGGCCUGAGCCCAUCAGCCUUGAAGGCUAAGCUGCGCUCUCGGAACCGCUCAGCCGAGGAGGGGGAGGCGACAGAGAGCAAAUCAAGCCAGAAGGAGUCCUCCGUCCAGCGAUCGAAGUCCUGCAAGGUCCCAGGGCUAGGGAAGCCCCUCACAUUGCCCCCCAAGCCAGAAAAAUCCUCAGGGUCAGAAGGAUCAUCACCCAACUGGCUACAAGCCCUGAAGCUAAAGAAGAAAAAGAUCUGAUCGAGGGCCAAGGUCUUUCCAUCUGGCAGUCUCAGGCAGUGCCAUUCCUGUGGGGUCCCCAAGUGAGGAGACAGCUGGAGCCCCACUAAGGCUCAGACUGCAGCCCCCCUCCCCUCCCCUUCUGAGGAGAGUCUGGGAGGCACAUUUAUGCACUUUGUAUCACCGUCCCAACUUCUUCCAGCCCGGAUUCUCUGACCUUCCCUCUCUUCCCUUUACCCUCUUCGCUUCCUUCUUCAGCUCCCCUUGGGUUUUCUUUUGAUACCAAUUUAUAGCAUUUUUUAUAAAAGCCUUUGAUUUUUGUAAUGGGUGGGCCCCACCUCAAGCCCCACCCCAAGCCCCAUCCUACCCUUCCCGCCAGAUGCCCCACGGAGACCAAUGACAUUUUACCACUUGAAACAAUGAAUAAAGUUUUUUGGGAAUUGG